AUGGGUGCUAACGACAGCACUGGGAGCCGCAAGCGCCCUCGUGCUAUACCCGCAAAACAAGAUCAGAGUAUUCCAUCGACCUCCAAGAAACGGAAGCUAGACGCCAAUGGCAAUCCUAUUGCUGCUUCUUCUCCGACAACACCCAAGACUACUCCCGCAGCCAAUUCCUCGGCUGUUAAAAAGUCUGUUCGCAGUAAAAUCACGUCUUCACCCAUCUCAGCCUACGAUGUGCCAGACUCCCCUGAAGACAACCCGCCGCGUCGAAUCCGCAAUGUCAGGAGCGUUGAUAGACCGACUGCCAAAGUUCCGAUUCCCCCUCGACGCAAUGUCGGCGUCGACAUUUAUGACAUUCCCUGCUCCGACGACGAGUUGCAUUCGAGUCCGAAGGAGCUGAAUUCGCAGAAGACGAGCCCCACCAAGCGAAAGAGCAGCGCCGUGGUCGACGAAGAGGUGAACGAGGUCAAUGGAGAGAAACCGACCGAGAAUCCGCUACCUCGAAAGGGGAAGAGCUACAAAGUGAUGGGUCAGGAUGAGAAGGUUGCUACGACAGAGGAGUCUGUUUCGCAGAUACGAUCAAGUGGACGUCGUAGAACUCUGACAGCGAAAGCUCUCGAGCAUGUGGAAAAAGCUGCGAGUCGCUCUGCCACUCCGACUUCUCACGCGAGAUCUUCUGCCGCUGUGAAUGACGCUCCAGAGUCCAAGAAGGCUACGGGGAAGACAAAUCGCAAUGUGUCCAUGCCUCUAAAAGGCAUUUUGACGCCGUCCAAACGGGACGGUACGCCGAGGAGGAGUAAGAGCGUAGCGUUUGACUCUGCCAGUGCUUUGGCUCAAGAGGAGGUAUUUUUCGAAGAUCUUCCAACCAAGUCUGGAGGGAGCCGGAAACCAUCACAGAAGGUGGUCGCGGCGAAAGCAGCAGUGGCGAAGACAGCGAGGUCACGAAAGGCGCCUCCAAAGGUCAUAGAUGAGGAACCACAGGAGGAAGAAGAGGUGGCACCGGAAGUCGAGACACAAGAAGAAGAAGAAACGGAAGCGGAAGAGUCAGAGGCGGCGGAAGAGGAAGACGAUGACGUUUGUUCGAUAUGCACAAAGCCCGAUUCCAGGCCUGGAAACAGAAUUCUGUUCUGUGACGGUUGCGAUAAGGCGUUCCAUCAGAGAUGCUACAAUGUCCCCAAGGUUCCCCGGGGAGACUGGUACUGCAACGACUGUGUUGGACAGAAGCAGUCGCGAGCAGUGGCUGCAGACGAGGCGGUGAAGACUCCCAAUUUUGCGAAACAUCUGAGCAAUCUGCAGAGAGUGCUAUUGGACCGGUGUACUGGUCGCCGACGUAUCAAGUUGAUUGACCAGGAUGAUGCCUACGAAAAGGCACAUCAGCUGGUAGAGCAGACCGUACUGGCUGGGGAGGGCAACUCUAUGCUCGUAAUAGGAGCGAGGGGUUGCGGCAAGACUACGCUCCUCGAGAGCAUAGUCGACGAUUUGUCUUUGCAGCAUAAGAAGGAAUUUCACGUCGUGAGACUGAACGGAUUCAUUCACACCGACGAUAAGCUGGCUCUUAAGGAGAUUUGGCGGCAGUUGGGCAAAGAGAUGGAGGCGGAGGACGAGGCCAAUGCUCGGGUUUGUACCCAACACUUUGACAAACUAGUGAAGAAGCAACUGACAGUGUUGCAGUCAAAUUAUGCCGACACAAUGGCUUCGCUACUAGCCCUGCUAUCUCACCCGUCAGAAAUGACGCAGGCGGAGGAGGGAGUGACCUCACAAGCGGUUAUCUUCAUCAUUGAUGAGUUUGACAUGUUUGCAGCACAUCCGCGCCAAACGCUGCUUUAUAAUCUGUUUGAUAUUGCACAGGCACGAAAAGCCCCCAUCGCGGUGCUGGGCUGCACGACGCGGAUGGACGUAGUAGAAAUGCUGGAAAAGCGCGUCAAGAGUCGAUUCAGCCACCGGUAUGUCUACUUGUCGCUUCCGAAGAGCUUGCCAGCGUAUUGGAAAGUUUGCAAGCAGGGCCUUUGCGUAGACGAUGAGGACAUGGACGUCGAGAGCAUAGAUGUUAGUGUUGAUGGACACGAAGCUUUCCACGCAAAUUGGAAGGCUAUGAUUGAGGUCCUAUACAAAGAGAAGGGAUUCCAAAGUCUUUUGCAAUACCACUACGCGACAUCAAAAUCCGUCGCGGCAUUCCUAUCAGCGUGUAUCCUUCCCCUCUCCGCACUCUCGCCUACAUCACUGGACCUCAUCAUUCCACCGUCGUCAAACGGCCCAGUCAUCUCCCUCACGCCACCAAACUCCAAACUCCACAUUUUGUCGUCGCUCUCGGAAUUGGACCUGGGCCUUCUCAUCGCAGCAGCACGGCUGGACAUCGUCGCACACACAGACACGGUCAACUUUGCGAUGGCGUACGACGAGUACGGCUCGCUGAUGGGCCGGCAACGCGUACAGUCAGCCAGCUCGGGCUUGCUGGCCCUGGGCGGCGGCGUGCGGGUGUGGGGCCGUGGUGUGGCUGGCUUGGCAUGGGAGAGGCUUGUCGCUUUGGGGCUGCUGGUGCCGGCGGGCCUCGGGACAGGCCGGGCUUCGGGGUACGGCGGGUUGGAGGGCAAGAUGUGGAAGGUGGACAUGGCGCUCGAGGAGAUUCCGACGGGUUUGAGGUUGAAUAACGUGUUGGCACGGUGGUGCAAGGAAAUAUGA